AUGAGCGCCAACCAGCCACCGGACCUCGAAGAAUCGGCGGGUACUGGUCUUCUUGGAAACGCUGAGGAUGGUGACCUGGCAGCCUCAGACUUCCUGAAGGGAACCAAAAAGAUCGUGGAAAUUUUGCAGACAUCAAAAAGCAUACAUUUUCGACCUGAUCAACAGAUAUUGGCCGCUCUCCGCGAAAGAAUGGCACUUGACCAUUUGAAUGAAGCCCUCGUCAAAUUUCUUAUCAUCCUUGAAAGGCGCAACCUCGCUUCUCCCAAGUGGCUCGAAAAUCUGUUGAAAAAGAAAGAAGGAGUUGUAAUCACAUUCAACUACCUCGCGCGCAGGUUUCCAGGGCUGAGAGAUAAUAUUGACAUCCCUAACGCAUAUUUGAUCACGGACUUCAAGAAAGCCGUUCAAGAAAGCCCUUUCACUGCGGAGCUCCAGGGGCUCUUCAAACGUGAGUUCACGUUCAUCAAUCACUUCCCAUCAAACCACUUCGGUUUGUACGAGUGGCAUUGGCUAGAGCGGUUACGUCUAAAGUACCAGGUUUCUGCCCUUGAUCUUCGCUUCGAUAAGGUGGCAGCGAAAUUCGAGCGACUCACAUCACCGUAUUUCUUGCAGAAUCAUGUGGGUAAUUCGCCAUAUGAUCAAGAUGUGAAGUAUUUGUUGUCGCUCCUGGCGAAACAGAUCGGAGAUAUCAGCAAUAUGGUGCGAUUCUUGGGUCGAUAUCACAUCCACUGGGGCUGGUGGGCGGAUGUGGAGGUGAAGAUUCCAGAUUCUAGCUGGAGCACCAAGGAUGCUGAACAGUUCCGAGAGCUCGAUGGCCUAAUCAUGCUGCUCUCUGAUCAAAUCAAAUCAGUCUAUUUCCAGUAUGGCCAGUCCACGCAAAAAAUAAUCUCGUUCUGGCUUCUCGAUAACUCUAUCGCAAUGGUUUACUUAUCGGAUAUCAACAAGAGCGCUCAGCCUGCGAAAUACGAACUAGUCGCUGAAACAAUUUUCCAUUAUCGAAAAUAUCCUCUGCUUCCCUAUUUUAAACCGAUGAUAAAUAACAUUGUUGAAGGUCUCAGAGCCACUCAAAACCGCGAGGCACGUGUACGGCUCGAUGAACUGAAACUAAUUUUUCUAAAGCCUGAGGAACUUUACACUUUGACAUGA